AUGGCAUCGAACUCAGCUAUACCGGUCUGGUUCAUCACCACCGCCAGCUCAGGCUUCGGUCACGAAAUCGCCAGCGCAGCCCUACAACGCGGCCACCGUGUAAUCGCCACACCGCGCGACCUAACCAAGCAAGCCACAGAGACCUACGGCCGCAUCGACUACUUGAUCAACACAGCAGCGUAUAUCCUCGAGGGCACGGUCGAGGAAGCGACCACCGAAGAGGUGCAGCAGAAAUUCAACGUGAACGUCUUCGGCACAGUCAACACGAUCCGCGCGUUUCUGCCAUAUCUGCGCGCGCAGCCGGUGACAGAAACCCGGCCGCGCGCCACGAUCGCGACAUUCGGGAGUCUGGGUUCGUGGCAAGGCGGCGCGAGCUAUGCGUUCUACGGCAUGACCAAGGCUUGUAUGUCGUCGCUGGCGGAGUCACUGGGAGCAGAGCUUGCACCCUUUGAUAUCCGCGUGACGGUUGUCGAGCCAAAUAUUUCCGGACGGGGGGUUUUGAAGGCCGGUGCUAAGGUCUCGACGCAAGCUCGGAUCCCUGCUUAUGAGAAUCAGAGUACACCGUCUGGGAUGCUGCGCAGUUUCUUGCUUACUGCGGAUGGCACACAGCCGGGGGAUGUUCGAAAGGGCGUCGCUGUUUUGCUUGAUAUCCUGACGGCGUCGGGCGUGGCGGAGGGGAAGGAAUUGCCUGCGCGGAUUGUUUUGGGGAGUGACUGUGAGGCUGUUGUUAGGGAUAAGUGUCAAGGUACUUUGGAUUUCUUGGAUACUUGGGGUCCUAUUUCUAGGUUGACGGACUAUGCGAAAGAGGCGUGA